UUGAAUCUUACAUCUAAUAUUUGUAAUGCCAAAAAAAACUCUAUUGCUAUUUUGUAUAAAUAUGUCCAAAAUUCCUAGUUACGCUUAAAGACAUAAGCUAUUUAAGUUAAGAGUAUCAAUCGUAACCACUGUUAAACCGUACUAUGGCGGAUAAUGAAAGUGGUAUAACGCUUUGGAGAUUCGUUGGAUGCACCAUGCUAUAUCUGGCUCUCUUCCUGCUGGUGGCCUUGCCGCAAUGGAUGAUUAUGUGCCUUUAUGCGAAGGGUAUCAUGGCCUUUACGAUCACCUGCUUUUUCAUAUCGUUCGGACUGCUCGUCAUUAUCCAUAUGGUCGAGGCACUGAAGUACGCGAGGCCAUUUAACUUCAUUGCCAUAAUCAUUUGCUAUGAAUUGCUGACACUUGGAGCUGCCAGUUUUCUGCUCGAAUGGAAUCUAAUAUGUGCCAUCAUCAUCAUGUGCGUGGCUCUGCUGGCCCUUGUGAUCGUACUGGUCAUUAGUGUCUUUUUAAUUUGGAUUGGAUUCUAUGGCAACCCAUUUAAGUUGGCAGUCGUGGGAGCCAUGGGCUUUGUUCUGGCUUAUUGUAUUGAAGUUAUGGAUAUUGUCCAGGGUUGGUAUUUUUGGCAGGAUGUGGCUGUUAGUGUCUUUAUUGCCAGUGUGAUAAUUCUGCUGAUAUCCCAUUUACUGAUUACCUACGAAAACUUUGAGUUUCUGGUCAAAGAUGAUGCACUUCUCAUCGCCACCGUACUGUAUAUCGGAUAUUUACUCAUAUUGAUUGCUGGACGGAUUUCUGCAUUUUAUAUCUCUGAAAACGCUGCUUACUUUAAUACCACAACCACUGAAGGUUAUGAUGAUGUUGAUGAUGAUGAUGAUGAUGACGACAAGAAAAGAAAAAUUACCGUGAAAUCAUUUGAAUAA